UAAGUAACAUGGAUAUGAACGCAACUCUAGCCAGGAAGGUGAUUCGAUCGCUACAAUUUUUUGCUAGUGUUUCGUUCACGACUCUCUCGAAGAAACAUUCUUUCACGGGUAUAGCGGGAAAAUCUGGACCAUCAAAUCUGGCGGAGGGCAAUGCCCACGGGUUUUUACCAAUUGAUGGGCAAGACGGCUAGCCUUGAUCAAAGUAACUGAAACCAACACCCAACAUCUCUGCACGAAUCGGUUCUUAUGAUAUAGACCACAAAGAGUAGGUUUACAUGGAGUUGCGGUAUGGUUAUGGGUACCUGGUUUUAGUAUCAGAACUCCAAAUGUUGGGCUGAGGUCCAGAUGUGAACAAUCAGAGCUUUCAGGAUCAGCCAUUACGCACAAGACAAGAUCUAAUUUUUCAGUGUGUUUUCUUUGCUUAGAGUUGUUCAUCAUCAGAGUAAUGAAUGAAUCUCCUGCAGGUCACAUAGCGAACCUUUUUUCUUACAUCUUAUGAACAGAACGAUGAUCAGUAUAUAUGUCAGGCCAGUUUAAGAAUCUCAUGUCAUGGAUGCCCAUUUCAGUUUAUUCAUAGUAGAUGUCUGGUAUGCAAUGACUUGGACACUCCUUUUGUGCUUGCAAAAAACGUGGUUUUGACGACGAUCACCUCGAUGAAUUUAUUCGUGUCUCCCUCUUGACGUCAUGAUAUGGACGCAUCAGGAAGUUCUGGUUUACAAGAUGCCAUUGAUGGAGUUUCAUCGGUGUUGAGGCACUCUAUUUCGAUGGCAUCAAAUGGGCUAACUUCUCGGCUAUGUCUAUGCUGAUUUGCCAGUUUUUCGGAGAAACUUUGCCAUGUGAAAAAUGCCAUCACUUUUGUAUGCAAAAUGGGGUGACAGCUUUAGUUUCCUAUGGAAUCUUCUGGAGCUAUAUCUUAAGCCUUGGGUGAUCAGACAACAAAAUGCUUUCAAAACUGUAGCUUUGGUAAUUUGCAUGUUUUGGUCGACAUGUCUGACCUAUUACACCUAGUCAUCAUCAAAGGAUGCAGGGUGAUCCAAGGACUUUUCUUAAAGAUGCCUCGAUGGAACCAUCACUUGCCUUUCGUCAAACGAGGUUUGAGUGAUGGUAGAUGCUAAGUCCUGUUUGUAUGCUAGUUCACCUUUUUAUAAAAUGGCUAGCGUCCGAGUGUUUUUAAAGCCCUGAAAGGAGUCGGAAAUGGCGAAUGCUUUAGCAACGAUUAGUCUUCUGCUGACUCUUCUCUGUCGGUCAGCCACGGGAGUGAGAACAAAAGCAUUUUCACUCAGAAGUCAACGGCGCCUGUCCGACUUGGUCGCAGUUGCAGAUGAUGAUGGUAUUUGCCAAUCGAUGGUGGAGCCACAAAACUAUGACUGUGAAGAACAUACUGUAACGACACAGGAUGGUUAUAUCCUGAGCUUGCAGAGAAUUUCAGUGAGACAAUCAGGCGGAACAACCGGGGACAGGCCUCCCGUGAUGUUACAGCACGGGGUCUUCAUGGAUGGAAUCACGUGGCUGCUAUUGCCGGCGGACAAAUCGCUGGCAUUCCUCUUAGCGGAUAACAAGUUCGAUGUGUGGAUUGCCAACACCCGUGGAACCAAAUAUAGCCGUGGACACACGUCGCUGAGUCCUGACGAUGAGGCUUACUGGAAUUGGACAUGGGAUACUUUGGUGUCUUCUGAUCUUCCUGCUGUGUUCAACUACGUCUACCAUCAAACUGGGCAGAGACUGCACUAUGUUGGUCACUCCCAGGGGACCUUGAUGGCUCUAGCUGCUUUCUCCAAGGAACAACUUUUGGACAUGUUAAGAUCAGCCGUUUUACUUAGUCCGAUCGCCUAUAUGGGUCAGAUGACAUCUCCAGUUGCGAGAAGUGCGGCCGAAAACUUCCUAGCUGAGGCUCUUUACUGGUUGGGCGUCGACGAAUUCGAUCUGAGAGGGGUAGCGGCAGUGAAGCUACUGCAAGAUAUUUGCCAGAAAACCGGAGUCGACUGCACUCACAUGUUGACUGCUUUCACAGGCCCGAAUUGCUGUCUGAACUCCACCAUAGUUGAUGUCUUUCUGGACCAUGAACCUCAACCCACAUCGACAAUGAAUUUGAUCCAUCUGGCUCAGAUGAUUAGAGAUGGCACUAUCUCAAUGUAUGACUAUGGCGACGAAGGCCAGAACGUGGAGCACUAUGGGCAGGCGACGCCUCCCCUGUACAAUAUGUCGAGCAUUCCGAACGAUCUACCCCUCUUCUUAAGCUACGGCGGGGCCGACGCUCUGUCGGACGUGCGUGACGUGAAGCUGUUGCUCGACAGCCUCAAGGACCACGACGGGGACAAACUGGUGACUCAGUAUAGAGAGGACUACGCUCACGCCGAUUUUGUCAUGGGCGAGAAUGCUAAAGAAGUAGUGUAUGAUCCUCUGAUGGCCUUUCUCAGGCUGCAAUGAGGAUG